UUUUUCUUCACUCUUCAGCUGAUAACUGAUUCUCGUUUUUCAGAUCUAUACGCGUUGUGAGAUUUUUCAAAUUUUAUGCAGUAAAAUCAUUCGUAAAUGUGACAAAUUUGUACUAGAAUUGUGCCAUAUUGUUCAGUGAAUGCGAUAACGUUAACAACUUACCACAAACCUCUAACAUUUCGUGCUAAACGACCAUUGGAACCAAGGCAAUCAACGCUUGCUUAGCUCUCAACACUAGGGCAUUGUUGUUGCAGCUCAGUAGCAGAGGAAACCUGCUGAUUAUUUUUUUCUUGCAACCAGUUCUAUUAAUCCGGUCAAAAUUUGCGUCGUAAAGAUGGAUCUGUUGAAGAAGAUGAUGGGCCUGGAUGGUCACACAGGGGACGAUGACGACAAAAGGAAAAAGAAACCAAUCGUGAAGGAUGAAUUCCGCAAGCCCAUCUGGGUCGAGGAGUAUGACAGUGACGAUGAUCUCUUCGACAACCAAAAGAUUAUGGGUGUUCAAAUUUUUACCAAUCCGUUGGAGAUUCAGAAGCACUUCGAUCAUCAGAUCCAAGAAAUGAUGAAGAGCUUGGAAGAAUUUGAUUCCGAUGCUGUAAAAUCUUUCGACCAUAACCUGAAGCAAGAUUUUUUGAAACCCGGUUUCGAGGAUGAAAUUAAGAAAGAUCUAAAAAAGGAAAACCUGAUCGACACCGAUCUGGAUGGAGAAAUCUAUCCUGAUCAAUUGCACACCUUGUUGCAACGCAUCUCUCCGGAUUUGAAGGAGCUAUUGCCGAAAAAGCGUGGAUCGGAAACAACGUCAAAAUCCGAGCAAAAGCUGAAGCUCACUGACGAACAAAAGAUAAUGGAUUGGAUACAUGGCUACAAGGAAUCGGAUCCGUUGCCGGUCAUGCGUCCUCGAGCGCCACGCAGAAUGCCAUCUCAACGGUUCCAUGACGGUAUUUUCGAGGGUACAUUCCAAGGCCCUCGCAUGUUCGGGCAGAGUAUUAUCUCACAAACAAUUCGGAAGCCCGAUGGGACCUACGAAACCCGCAAAACGGUUCGUGAUUCGGAAGGCCACACCAAAACUACAAUAACUCGUUCGACCAAGGAUGGGCAGAAGGAAACCAUAACAACAUACGGCGACGAAGGAGGGUCUACCGGGACAAGCAAACCGUUCAUGGAAAGUGCUGGAGUACCAGAUUUCGACAGCAAUGAUACUGCGGCACAUGUGCUGUUGGAUGCGGAUCAGGGCUGCCGCAAGCAUCUCUUCUCCAAGAACGGUUACAUCUUACCGAGGAACCUCUGGUGACUCCAAGCGCAAGUAAACCGUAAUGAGCUAACUACAGUGCUAGUGGAUCAUCGGUUGAAAUUUUGUAAUACUUAUAAUAUUCACUUCCCAUACCAUGGGACGAAGGUAGUCGUCACCCAUCGGUUAUUAUUGUCGUUUAGCGAGCCAAAUAUGUGUGCAGUAGUAGUUGUAACCAAACCCCACUCUGCUAAUGAGUGCAAUGACAUUUCUGAAUGCAAAAACAUUAACUAUAUCAACCAAACUUGUCCCAUCAAUGAUUUUGAUGACGUUACAGACAGAACAGAACAACAAUUCAUUACCCUGCAUCCCACGACAUCAAACGCUGUCUAUUGUAGCACCGAAUGUCCUGUCGUUUCACAUUUACUAAUUUGUAAUUUACUUUUAGUGUUAGUAAAGAUUAGUUUUUGUAGUGUUCAAGUCUUACUUACCUUAUUCAGCAGCAAUUUUACUGAAGGCACCGCUGCACAGCAAAGGCGGACGACGAUUGAACGACGCAGUAUUACAGAUAUCUGGCGAAGGCCCGUUCUAACGGGUGGCUCGUUAUGAAAACUGGUCCUCUGUAAGGAGUUCAACUGUUGUCUACCUGUGCACGGUACAUCUUCAAACAGAAGACGUUUGUGUUUGUGAUAUACUUUUAUGUUAAACAAUUAUCUUUGCGUCUUACCGAAUAAGUUUGCGAUUAGUGCUAACAAUUUGAGCUGACUGUGGUUGAGCCUGGAACUAUUGCCAGGUUGGGAAAGUUUAUGAACGAAGGCAGAACAUGUGCGAUCGCGUGAGUUUUACCGAGAAUUUUUGUGGAAACGUAUAAUAGAUUGAAUUUAUAUAUAUUUUUUACUGCGUAAGAAUUUUUUUAUUGACUCGAUAGAAUGUUUUUAAACAGGACGAGGAGGGAAACAAGACAGUUGAAUACGAUGCAAUUAAUUGAUACCCACGUUUGAGUCAAUGACAUAAACUAUACAAAAUAUAUAUACUAUCUACUGUAGUAGCUUUCCCUACUGUCAAGAGAAAACAAUUUCACAUAAAUACAUAAUAUCUACUAGAAAGAUAUACAAACCCUUUGCUCCUCGUA